AUUAUUAUUAUUAUUAUUAUUAUAUUUAAGACUAUCAUGACUAUUUUUUGGCAUUUUUGACAAUGUUAAACUAUUUUAAAGUGUUACUAUUUUUGAAGGAUUAGUGACUUUAUUUCUCUGAUUAAAUCGAAUAUACUGACGUAAGUUUCCAUUUAACGAUUGAUUUAAAAAUAAAAAAUUCUACUCUAAAAUAUAAACACUUACCAUUUAAGAAAUUUGAAGUAUCACUUUUAAUUUACUUAAUAACAAAGAAAAUUAAAAAAAGUGCUGGAACGUACAGCUCGUGGAAGCAAUCACGCUACGACUAAGGAUAAGAUGCUCACUUAUACCCUUGUUUGAUUGUCGGGUCUCACUGCAAAUCAAUAAGAAUUGAAAAAAGUGGAUUGUCUAGAGUAAAUUUCGUCGGAAGUGAACCUAUAUCCGAUUCAAAGUUGCUAAAGUUUGCAGAAGCCAUUUUACCACUGGGUUUUGAUAUGAUUCUCGACUUUCUACGACGCCUAUUCAACUUUAAACUACCAAAAUCUGAGAUAACGUCUUCCAACUAUGCAAACGAAUUUGUUUGUUAAAACAUAUGGAGAGACAUCGGAGUUUUGGAUAUUUAUACUUGCAAAUCGUUGAAACUACUUCAUUGGAAUACUCUAAUCUUGAGUACUGUCUAAUAUCUUUAAAAGAGAAUAGUCUCUUUUGCUAAUUCUUCUGUCGUGCCACCGAUUGAAUCUCAGAGACCGGUUUAUCUACGUGAAUUGAGUAGUAUCACGAAUUUUAGUCUCCCAGUUGCACCUGCUGCAACUUCUGCUCAUAAACCGCACGCAAUGAAAGUUAUCCUAUCAGCUAUGUGGAAUCGUCGAAUGUUACGAACUCGUAAAAAGUUGGAAGGCAUUGAAGUUAAUGACACUGGAUUUGAACGCUUUCAUUCAGCUCCAACUGGUAGAAUAUUCUUAUUAGAUACAACAGAUACUCAUUUUAACAAUGAUAAGUGGGUAGCUCUUAAAGAUGCUAAAAAUGAAGAAACACCAUUUCUAGCUGUAUCGUCAACAAUACCAGUCGGUGGUGAAACUAGUGUUAAUACUGUUAAUGAUAACAGUCAUAAUGAUAUAAUCAGUUAUGAUGCUUCGAUGGAGCAACAGAAAUCAAAUGAUAUUGUCGAUGGUCAUAAUGAUAAUGUUAUUAUUUCCCAAUGUAGUCCGUCAUCAUUUGAUCUACCUGCUACAUAUUCAUUUUUUCAACAUUCCAGUAGUUCUGCCACUCGAGAAAUAAUCGGUGAAAAUCGCCCACGAACAAGUACCACAGUAUCACCGAUAAAUUUUCGUCCUAGUCCAGUAGUAAUUCCAUCUCUUUCAAGGCGUUUAACUGAAAGCUUAUUGACUCCAACACGUUGGGCUUCAGCAAUUAUCUAUCCGCAUAAAGAUAAUUUUACAGAAGAUAUUUUUCGUAAUAAAACAACUGAAUAUAUAGAGUAUAGACCAUAUUUUACAUAUUGGAUAUCAUUUAUUCAUAUAUUGAUUUUUAUUGCUGGUUCAAUCGGUUACGGAUUUGCACCAAUUGGUUUGGGGAUAACUACACGUAUUGUUGGCAAAGUGUUACUGCCCACAUUGACUAUUGAUCAAGUUUGUUGGAUAGAAUAUGAAAAUUUAUGGAUAGGUCCAAGGCAAACAGAUUUAGUCCGAUUAGGUGCACGUUUUCCGCCUUGUAUGCGAUUCGAUCCAGUAUUACAUGAUUCAGUGAUUAAACGUCAAAAGAAAUUUGAUCGUGCUUCGGGAUGUUGUAUUCGUAAUGAUGGUGGUGGUUGUUAUCAGACGCAUAGAGAAGUAUGCUCUCGUACACUAGCUACAUGGCUUCAUUAUGAAACAGUUAAUUUCAGUAAGCCACAAACUAAAGAACUACUUUCGACUAAUAUUGCAGAUCGUGAAAUUCACGUACAUAUAUUGAAGGCUUCUCAUCCUGAAAAUAAUUCUCACAGUCAUAAUAAUAAUAUAUCAAGUAUUAUACAUUCUCUACGUUCAACACGACUUGUUGGUCAAGCUGGACCUGUAUGUGGAUUAGAUCCAGAUUUUUGUGCUCGACCACGUUCUAUUGGAGCAUUUGCUUGGUCCGAGACAGAUGUUACUAAAUGGCCUGUAAAUAUUUGUGAAUUACCUGAUACUGUACCAAAUAUGGGUGGUUAUGCACCACAUAUGGAAUGUCAAGUAACUGGUCAUCCAUGUUGUUUAGGCAUAAAAGGUGAAUGCAUUAUGACUACACAAGAACAUUGUGAUUUUGUUCGAGGCUUUUAUUAUCCAAAUGCUGCACUAUGUUCACAAGUGAAUUGUUUAAAUCAAAUUUGUGGUAUGUCACCUUUCAUAAAUAAUGAAUACCCAAAUCAAAUGUAUCGAAUAUUCACUUCAUUAUUUCUCCAUGCUGGUGUAUUACAUUUAAUCUUGUCCCUUGGUGUUCAAAUGAUUUUUAUGCGAGACUUGGAAAAAAUGAUUGGUUGGCAUCGUAUCACUUUAGUGUAUAUUUUAUCCGGUUGUAUUGGAAGUUUAACAUCUGGAAUAUUCUUACCAUAUCAAGUAGAAACUGGACCUACAGGUGCACAGUUCGCUUUACUUGGUGUCACUUUAGUUGAUUUUAUACAUUGUUGGAAUUUUUUAGCACAUCCAUGGUAUGCAUUACUAAGAAAUAUUUUACUGGUAUUUAUAUUAUUCACAUUUGGUUUGUUACCAUGGAUUGAUAAUUAUGCAAAUGCUGGUAGUUUUCUAUCUGGUAUUUUAUUAUCAUUUAUUUUAUUACCAUUUCGUGGUUUCAUUUAUCCACCUGUAUCUCUUAGUGCAUCCAUAGCUACAUCAGUUAAUCAAAAUAUAUUUGAUAAUAAUUAUUAUAAUACACCUAUAACAUCACCAACAACACCAUCUAUUCUAUUUAAUUUCAAUUUACCUGAUAUAAAUCGUAAAAGUUGUACAUCAUUACAACAUCAUUCCUCUAUGCAUCCACAAUAUCUUCAACAACAAUUACAAUUACAACAACAAAAUUCUAAAUGUCAUCAUCGUUGUUUUAUUAUUAUAUUAUGUUCCAUUCUAUGGUUAAUAUUAUGUAUUGGUUUAAUUCUUAUGUUUAUAUGGGGUCCAAUUAUUAAUUGUCGAUAUUGUAAUUAUUUUACAUGUUUACCAUUAACAUCAAAUUUUUGUGAUAAUUUACAAGUUAAUGUAAAACAACGAUCUGAUUGUAUUUUACCAAAUUGGAUUUAACACAAUUUAUUUUGUAUCAGAAUUAUAAUCAUUUCAAUAAUUGCUAUCAUAAGUCAAUUGAAGCUAGAUUAUCAUAGAAAACGUGGAAAUGACCAUCCAAUGCUUCUAGAUUUUCCAUAGUGCUCUAGCUUCAAUUAACUCAUGAUCUCAAUUAUUGAAAUUUUCAUAAUGUACAUCUUCAUUAUACAAUAUUGAUCAAAUAUCAUGACGUUUUAACAGAUACAUUAAAGUAAUUUGUUUUUUAUUUUAUUAAAAUAAACUAUUUUUGGAAAACCAUUUUUUAGGUAUCUCUUCUUCCUUUGUGUGUGUGUGCAAAGACACCACUUUUGUUUGUAUUGUUGAAUAUUCAGUUUAUAAAUAUAAAUUUCGUAUAUC